AUCUCUCUCUAUGUUCACCCCCCACCCUUUCCUCCCAGGUGCAGAACCACCUAGAGAACCCAAAGUACCACUUCCACCAGGCUCAGGCCCAGCAGGUGAAGCAGUACCUGACCCUGAGCUCCGAGGUUGCCGGCCAGGCCCACACAGGUCCCCACCCCUACGCCGGGCAGCUGCUUGGGGCUGUGCCAGUAAUGCGCAAUGGGCACAUGCCCCAGGAAGGAGACGGCAGCACCCAGGGCAGCCCUGUCACCCUGCUCUCCCUGGCAACCAGUAACCAUGACAGCGAGUUUCCAAUGGAUGAAGUUAUUGAUGACUUAAUUAGCCUUGAAUCCGGUUUCAAUGAUGGGGGCUUGGAUUGCAUGGAGUCUAACAUCCUAAUGCAAAGCAAUGUGUCCUUGAACGGCGGGAUGCUGGACAUGUACGACGUUAUGCCAGAGAACGACACCAGAGUUAUGGCCAAAGAGCGACAGAAAAAAAACAAUCACAACCUGAGUAAGCUUGAGAAGAGGAGAAGGUACAACAUCAACUACAGAAUCAAAGAGCUGGGAACCCUCAUACCAAAGUCUAAUGACCCUGACAUGCGCUGGAACAAAGGCACCAUCCUGAAGGCCACGGUGGAGUACAUCAAGUGGCUGCAGAACGAGCAGCAACACACCCGAGAGCUGGAGCGCCGACAGAAGAAGCUGGAACAGGCACACCGCAGACUGGCCAGCAUGGCCACCACUCUGGGGUCAGCAGAGCUCUCCACCCACUUCCUUAAACAGGAGCAGGGACCCCAGCCACCACAGCAGCCGCCUCUCUACCCCGAGGAGCUCAACGGCGGGGGGGAGUACCUGCCCCGCACCCCGAUCGCGGGACCUAAACCUGGUGGCGGCGCUGCCGUGACGGCGACUGGGGUGCCUCUCGGGCCCAGCGGAGCGGCUGCAGGUGGCAUGCGCUCGUCGUCAUCACCGUUAGGGGCGACACCUGGGGAGCCCGGCGACUGCUCGACGACCUUCUUGGACCCCCUGUCCCACUUUACGGACUUCUUCAGCGCCACGCUGAAGGAGGAGCCCCGGCUGGAGGAGAUGCUGAUGGACAACACGCUCUCGCCAUUCGGCACCGACCCGCUUCUGUCCGCUGUCUCGCCUUACGCCUCCAAGGGCUCCAGCCGCCGCUCCAGCUUCAGCACAGACGACGACAACCUCUGA